UACAAUUCUUACAGACGGAUAGUGUCACGAGAAAUAUUCUUAUAUGCAGAGUUAGCGUGGAAGACAAGACGGAUAGUUUGGCCUUUUCUACCGACUCUUUCACGUCCAGUAUCACGUAUAUGACAACUCUAAUUGCUUCCAGCUCUCGACCAUGGAGAAGAUCUCCUUCCCUGCGAUUUCCGUCACCAGAGCAGCCACCGGCGCCUUCGUCCUCCUCCUUACAGUGUCGCUGAUAGCUGUCAUCUUCUUUGUCGUCUACCCUAAUGAUCUACGGCUCCAGUCCAUCGUGACGGGCGGGUGCGAACCCAGACCUCUGCGUGCCCCCAGGUUCGUCGGCGCCGUGGCCUCGCCCUCCCCCCCGAGUCCCGACCUCCGGGUUCUUCUCGGAGUCCUCACCGUUCCCGACGCCUACGAGCGUCGCAGCCUCGUCCGCCGAGCUUACCUCCUCCAGCAGCCCAGCCUCAUCGGCAAAGCCCUCGUCGACGUGCGCUUCGUCCUCUGCAACCUCACCAAGGAGGAGCAGCGGGUGCUGGUGGCCAUGGAGAUUAUGCUCUACGGCGACAUCAUGAUCCUCAACUGCACCGAGAACGUGAACGACGGCAAGACAUACAACUACUUCUCCAGCCUGCCGAGGACUCUCGGCGGCGCCGACGACCGGCGGCCUUACGACUACGUCAUCAAGACUGACGACGACACAUACUACCGGCUGGGCAACCUGGCCGAGACGCUGAGAACGCUGCCGAGGGAGGACCUCUACCUGGGGCUCCGCGUCCCCUGCCACAGAACAGAGGAAGGGUUCAUGUCGGGGAUGGGCUACCUGCUGUCAUGGGACCUGGUGGAGUGGAUCUCGACGUCGGAGCUGGCGAGGAGGAAGAUGAUGGGGCCGGAGGACAUCAUGGUGGGGGUGUGGAUGAACGAGGCAGGUCGAGGGCGGAACAGAAUCGACACGAACCCAAGGAUGUACGACUACCCGGAGGGGCCGGACAAUUGCUUCCGCCAUGCCUUCAUCCCCGACACCAUCGCCGUCCACAAGCUGAAGGACAACAAGAAAUGGGCGAAGACGCUGCAGUACUUCAACGUGACACACAAUCUCGAGACUUCAGAUCUCUCACCAUAUUGACCGACAGGAUUGCCCCUCUUAUUUCUUUUCCGCGUCUCUCUGUAUAUGUGUUUCUAUUGAACGUAAAAUGACUCCGAAUUGAUUCGGCCGAGUCUUUUCCAAUCUUAAAAGACAACGGCGAUUUCCCUCAAAUAAAAAUGUAUUUUUUCCAAAAGGUUUAUGUUAUUUACCCUUUUUUUUUCAA